GUUUAAUUACUUUUUUAAUAAACGUGAAUUUGAAGAAUUUUAUGUUAAUGUUUAUGAUAUGCUUGAAUCUAACUAUUUAACCCAGUUUGGUUAUUAUGCAUUAGGCAUUGGUGUAUUUCAUUCCGGGGUUGAGAUUGGAGAUAAAGAAUAUUGCUUUGGUGGACAUGAUGUUCCUAAUGUUACUGGUGUUUUCGUUGUUGAACCAAAAACAGGAAUUCCUGAAUUGACAUUAAAGAAAACAAUUGACAUGGGAACAAUGGAUUUGACAGAAGCUGAACUUGAAGAUUUAUUAUUAAAAUUAUCUGAUGAAUUUAUCGGACCUUCUUAUAAUUUGCUCACAAGGAAUUGUAACCAUUUUACUGAAGCACUUGUACAGAAACUAACGAAAAAGCCAAUACCUGCCUGGAUUAAUCGUGCUGCUAAAUUAGGAAGUAUAUUCCCUUGUGUAGUACCUUGGGAAUGGAUUCAACCACCUGAAUUUGCAGAGGAAGCAGAAGCAGAAGCAGAAGAAGAAGAAGAAGAAACAUCAGAGGAUGAAUUAUUAUCACCUUUAAGAAGGAGAUCUUCAGCUAUAUCAUUACUUUCAAGUAAACCUAUUAAAUCUAAUAGUACACAACAACAACAACAGCAGCAAGGAAAUCAGUUUCCUCAAAUGACUAGAUUUCAAGGUAUCUUAUUUCCUGACGAGGAAAGUAAUAACAGCAGUAAAUUAUGAAUGUUUCCCUUUUUAUUAUCAUUAUUAUUAUUAUCAUUAUUAUUAUUAUUAUUAAAAUAGCAAAAUAAAC